AUGGGUAGCUUAGGUGUUUGUAACUUCAAAGGCUUCAAGUUUGACGUGGUUGGACAAAGGGAUGGCAACUUAAGCCAGAAAACUUGCGUGAAUAAAUGGGUCAGAAUGAGACGUUUACAGUAUGCCCCUCUACCAGUGUCAUCUAAACCAAAGAAGGCAUUUAGAAUAAGCAGCAAGUUGUCGCUUGGAACAGAGUCUGGUUCAAAUGCAGUAGAUAGCUCUGAAGAAUUGAAGUCAACAAUUAAAAGAAGCUACCAAAUUCCCAAUUUAUCUGAGAUUAAAUCUCUGGUCUCUGAAAUUUGCGACACUAAUUCUAUUGCAGAGGUCGAGUUAAAACUUGGUGCGCUACAGCUCCAUGUGACCAGAGACUUGACCGAGAAGGCUGAACCUCUUGUUCCUCAAACUACUGUGGCUUUACCUGCUGCUGUCAAUGGCAGUGCAACUAUUGAGGCAGGUGGUUCGAAUGGAUCUGUUCCCAGCAAAGCAUUAGUUGUCUCCAAAGAGGCCCUGCCAUCUCCAGAAGGAAUUAAGCCAUUUCUGGAUAGAGCUGCUGACGAAGGCAUAGUGAUUUUACCAUCCCCAAGGGUGGGUAUUUUCCAAAGAUCUCGAACAAUAAAGGGAAAACGCACUCCUCCUGCAUGUAAAGAGAAGCAAAUUGUGAAGGAGGGACAAGUGCUUUGCUAUGUUCAGCAGCUUGGGGGUGAAGUUCCAAUCGAGUCUGAUGUCUCAGGAGAGGUAAUCAGAAUACUGCGGAAGGAAGGAGACGCUGUUGGAUAUGGCGAUCCACUUAUAGCAAUUCUUCCGUCAUUUCCUGGGAUUAAGAAGCUUCAGUAG